GAAGGGGGGGAGGUACCAAACGAUAGCAGUCUACACAACACUGUCAGAUCCCCGGGAAAGACGAGCCGGCAAGAGCACAAGAAAGAUAUAUAUAUAAUGUAAAACAGCCAAAGGAAAGCACCAUCGUCUAUGCGUGUGGUUGCCACACCAAAUCAGACCUGAUGUCAGAGCCUCCUCAGUGCUGCAUCUGUCUGGAUGAGUUCAGCAGCCCUGCCUCCCUCCCCUGUGGACACUGCUUCUGCCUGGCCUGUAUAGGAGAGUACUGGAGGAUCCAUGGGGUCUGUCAGUGCCCCCUCUGCAAGGCCUGUUUCCCCACCAGGCCGCAGCUGACAACAGACCAGACAUUACACGCUGGUGCUCCGCACGAGGAAGCUACUGUGCCUUUAAAAGCUGGAGAGGUUCCCUGUGACUACUGCCCCGCAAAGCGCAGAGCAGUCAAGUCCUGCCUGGAGUGCAUGGCCUCCUACUGUGCUGCUCAUCUGGAGCCACACUACCAGGAUGAAGACCUUGGGCGCCAUCUUCUGAUCAGCGUGGUGAAGAAUCUGGAGGACCCAGUGUGCAGACUGCAUGGGAAGCAGUUAAACAGGUUCUGCAGGAGUGAUCAAACGUGCAUAUGUGCCAUGUGUGCCGAAACAGACCACAGGGGCCAUCACAUUAUUUCCAUCAACAAGGAAGCUGCGAAGAAGAAGGUUAAGCUAAAACGCAUGAGGGCAAAACUUAUGCAAGCCAUUCAAGACAGGCUGAUUAAAGUGGAGAAAAUCAAGCUGUCUGCAGACCACAACGGAGAAGAUCCAAGACAAACAUGGGCUCAGACUAAAGAACAUACUCAGCAUUUGGAAGAAGAAAUCUCUGAGCUGCAAACGAGAAAAGCUGAGCUGGAGCAGCUCUUACAGACUGACGACAGCGUCUGCUUCCUGCAGAGAUUUCUACACACUGCUACAUCCUGUGGUUGACCACCUUCAGACCUCAAAGUCUUUUGAACAUCCAACCUGACCAGUUGGACAACCCCAAGAGGAAAGGUGGGGGAUCCAGGAUGGCAGCCAUGCUAAUCCAGCUCGGUUUCAAGUCUGCUCCAGGCUGAUUUUUGGUCACAGGAAAAUGAAACGGACAAACGGCCAAACAGAACAGGUAGACUGCGCGUUUACAUCUUUGAUGCUUGGUGCUCACACACACUCAAAGUUGACGGACAGUGUUUCCCAAAUGUCAAACUUUUGACAUAAAGAUGUGACCAUGCUAUCGCCACCAUCUUGUUGCUGCUGUUUACAUUUGCAAAUUUAAAAAAAAAAAAAUGCACUACAGAGUUAUUUCAGGGAUGCACGUUUUCAUGUAUACACAGAAAUCACUGUAUAUAUGUUCUAUGUUAGUGUCGCAUUAAGAAAACUUCAAAUCUUCAUAUUGUUAUGCAAUCCUGUGUAGUAUAUUGGUAAAGAUAUAUAUCAGAUAUAAGGAACAUGUAAGUCGACACAUAAAGCUCCAUUUUCUAUGUGCUUGUGUUAAAUUUCUUAUGUUGGAUUUGUACAAAAACUCAAAGUAUGUUAGUGUCGGUGCUUCAUUUGAUGGGGGGUUAUCUGCUGGACUAAUUUUUAGCUGAGAGCAGUUGUUGGGCAGAGAAACCCAGCAGAGAUUCAAGGAAGUUAUUUCUUAUAUUCAACAGAACAAACAAACCAGGUGUGAUGCGUUCAUUAGUGAGCUUUACAGGUGCUGGUAGGAAUGUUUUCUUACCUUUGAACACAUUGGCCAUUUCCCAGCGUUAUCAGUCUUAGUGCUAAGCUAAGCUAGUUGGUUGAUGGUUGUGGCCUUUUUAACAGGCAGAUAUGAUGGUUGAUCAACAGAUUUAUAGACACAUAUACUUGUUAAACUGCAACUAUGAUGUACUUUUAAUGCUUUAGAAUGAUCUAAAAUGACAAUUAUGUGCAAAUGAAAUAUUGACGAUGAUCUGUACAGAUUUAAAGUAACUCAGUUCAAACCUCAAGAACUAUGAUGAUUGUUUCAGACCAGGUUAUUGCAAAUAACUGAGAACAUAUUGUAUGAAUGUAAUUUAUGCCUGGAUGGAUGAUGUAAUUUAUUUCAAGUAUACUGUAUUUCACUGUUAAUGUUCAUGAUUUUUGUCUUGUAAUUUUUUUGUUGUUGUUGUUGUUGGCUGAAUGAAUAAAACAUCAAACCAU